UGGCGAGAAAUUCCAGGAACACAGAACCUGGUGGGCAUCUCCUAGAGACAGGCAAACAUUUGGUCUCAGCAGCCAUGCCCAAAGUCAUGAAGGAUGUUGUGCACCCCUUGGGGGAAGAGGAGCCUAGCAUGGCACGAUCUUUGGUCCUCAGCGUGGGGGCUUUUAGCCUAGGCUUGUCAUUGGCCACAGCCUAUGGGCUUCUGGAGCUACUGGUGGAAGGGCAUAGCCCCUGGGGCUGCCUGGUGGGCACCCUCAUUUUGGCCACCUUCCUUAGCCUGGGCAUGGCAUUCUCUCGCCAGGUCCGAGUCACUGUCUUCCUGCUGCUGCCCCAGGCCUUCUCCAGGCAUGGCCGGAUGCUGCUGUUGGUGGCUGCCUUUGGGCUGGUGCUGCAAGGGCCUUGUGCCAACACCCUGCGCAACUUCACCCGGGCCAGUGAGGCUGUAGCCUGUGGGGCAGAGCUGGCCCUGAACCAGACGGCUGAAAUGCUGGAGCGGGCCAGGCAGCCCCUUGUCAGUGCCCUGAACAAGAUUAAAGCUAUUGCCCAGAAGGCCAAACAGGUGGCUGACCGGGUCCGCAAGUUCUUUCGGUCAAUCAUGGACGGUGUGAAGCAUAUAGCCAGGGCCCUGCGAAAUGUGUGGUAUUGGCUCCUACACAUUGGUGACGUGUGCAACUCGGAGCUGGGCAACCCUUACUUGAAGUGUGCGCGGGUUUUCGAUGAUGCCAAGGACAGCUGCGUGAAGGUCAUACGACAAGCCUACCACCUAUGUUACGUGCUCAUGCCCUUCAAACUGGUGCUCUGUGGACUUGCCAGCCUGGCCGAGGUGUUCUGCGUCAUCCCCAAGUACAUCCAGCCCUUCUUGCGCAAGGCCAUCGGCACCCCUGUGAUGAAGUUGAUUGACCGGGUGCGUCAGGAGUUUGAGUUCAACAUGACAGCCACCCAUCACUUCUCUGUCGAUCUCAAUGCCUCUCGGAGCCUGUCGCAGGUAGCUGUGGACCUCCGCGAGGCCGUCAGCAUGAAGCUGUACCGCGCCCGGGAGGCCCUGGCCCUGAUGGGCUACACCACGCCUCUGCUGCUCGUGCUGCUCUACUUCCAAGCCCUGUUUUACUGGUACUGUUACCUGAACCGGGAUCAUUUCGACAACAUCUAUAUCACCAGCCGAUUCCUGCGCAUGGAGGCCGUGCGCGCCACGGCGGGGCUGCCCACGGUGCUGCCGCUCAGUGCCCACGAGGCCGGCCGCUACAUCCAGCCGGGCUCCAUCUUCCUGUCCCGACGGGAGCAGUUUGUUUACACCCUGGAGACCUUCAACCUUAUCCGACACCUCCUCCUCGUGCUGCUCCUGGUCUUCCUGGACUAUGCUGUCUUCUGGGUGCUCGACCUGGCCCGGUACCAGUUGCAGGGGGAGAUCGUGGCCCGCAGCCCUGUGUUGGUAUCUAUAACCGUGAAAGGGACUGGCUAUACCGGGAAUAUUUAUCGUGACCUGGUGUCGGCAUUUGACGUCCUGCAGCAAGGCAACGUCACUAUUUUGUCCCCUCGCUGCCUCCUGCGUCCCUCAGAGCCCGAUGCCACUGGCUACGUCGUCAUCGGCAUCAUGUAUGGCCUAUGCUUCUUCGUCACUCUGUUUGGCAACUACGUCAGUCGGCUGCGGCGAGUCAUCUGUGCCUCCUACUAUCCAUCCCGGGAGCAGGAGAGAAUCGCCUACCUCUACAACAUACUUCUGAGCCGCCGAACCAACCUGUCGUCUGCCCUGCACCGAGCAGUGAAGCGGCGUGCAGCUGACCAGGACCACAGCAGUGUUUUCUUAGCGCUGGCCAGCCGGUGCCCCUGCCUGGGUCCAUUUGUCAACCAAUUCUGGCCACGUCAGGCCUACUGCCUGGGCUGUGGGCAGCUCCAGGAUGAGGAGGACAUGGAGAACUUUGUGUCUUGUAGUACCCCAAACUGCAAAGGCCUCUACUGCCUCACCUGCUUCCGCCUCCUGGACAACACCUGCUCCGUGUGUGCAUCUCCCCUCUCCUAUCAGGGGGACCUGGACCUGGAGCUGGACUCUAGUGACGAGGAGGGCCCCCAGCUAUGGCUGGCCGCAGCUCGAAGGAAGGACCCUGAGCAAGAGUGGUUACUGCGGCAACGGCUCCAAGAAGCACUGGACAGGAGCCUCUCGACAGAGUCCAGCUCCGAGUUCAGUGACCUGGACGAAGAGAAGGGGCCCCGGCAGAGAAGGCACAGGGAGCAGCCCUUACCUGAGACCAGUCAGCCUGCCAGCAUUCCCGUGCCUCCUGAGCCCCCUAGACCACCUCGGAAAUCCUCUGCCCCCAAAGCGGCCCCCGCCCCAGCUUCAGAACCCCCAGUCCCUCUCUCACCUCCCUCUCCUCCUGAUCCCUCCCUCCCACCUCAAGAAUAAAGGAAUCAAAAGUGGACACAA